UGCGGCUGCGCCGACCAAUCGGCGUACAGGCGCUCUGCCCGCCUACAACUCUUUGGUGCAAAAAACUCGAUGAUUUCCUGUUUUUAAAAGCACGAGAGCGCGAAAGGGAAAGAAAGCGGAGGGGAAAAAAAAAGCCGCCGGCGGCCUUUGAAAAAUGCCGAAACUGCCGCAGGAAGGCCCGAAUCCUUUAUUUACGCGAUGGCUGGAGGAAUGGCGCGACCAGGCCGAGGAGAACGGACGGCUCAAGAGCCAACGGGCCUAUGAACGUGCCCUGAGCUCCCUCCGCAAGUACCCCCUCCCUCUGCGCAGUGGCCGCGAGGCUCGGAUUCUGAUGUAUUUUGGGGAGAAGAUCUGCCGUCAGCUGGAUGAACAGCUGGAGAGACACCGCAGCACCCAAGACGAUACAGCACCGGCUGGUGGGCCAAUCCCGACGUCUCCUUGUAAAGGUCAUGAAGAUGUUGAUGAUCCAACUUACAGCGAUAGGCUGGUGCUACCACCUGCCCUGUCCUCUCUGGAGCCAGUCCAGCCUCAAGAGCAACACUCAAAGAAAAAGCAGACUGUUCCACGGCACCGGGCCCGGGGUUACAUGCCAACUCGGCGAUCUCCAGCUUAUGCUAUCCUGUUGGCGCUCUAUCACAACACCGUGAAACCUGAGUCUCGGGACUACCUGACCAAACCAGAACUGCAGAAAAGUGCUCAGCCUCUCUGUGAUAAAUCCUUCUUUUUGGCCGAUCCUGGAAGUAAGAACACCCCCUGGUCUGCUGUCAGCACUCUGAUUCGCAAGGAGCUAGUCCUCAAGACUAAUAUUCCAGCCAGAUAUUCGCUGACCGAAGCAGGGCUGAGAGUAGCCCAGGAGUUGCGAGCCGUCGAAGAGUUGGAGGAAAACAAUUCCAGCACCACAAAAGCCACAGCACCCCAAACUGGAGAAGCUGUUGUGGAGGAAAACGACGGAAGCUCCUUGGGCUCAGAAAAUUCAGAUAGCAGCCCCACCAAUAAAUGCAGAUCAAGCUGUGAAAGGCCUAACUUGGGGCUGUCGAAACCCCAGUUUGUGCUGCGACCUGGAGGGUUUGAUGUGAUCCUUUGCGUGGAUUUCAUCGAGACCACGGGCGGCCCCACGUCCCGUAAACAGGAGCUGGUGCGCGAACUCCAAGGUCACAACGUCCCGUUUAGCAUCCGGAAGCUCCACAUUGGUGAUUUCCUCUGGGUGGCCAGAGAGCGGGGUCCCCAUGGGGCAGAACUGUUGCCGCCAACCACGGCUCGUGAGCUGGUUUUAGACUACGUGGUAGAACGGAAACGGAUGCCGGAUUUAUGCAGUAGCAUCAUUGACGGUCGCUUCCGGGAACAAAAGUUCCGCCUGCGACAGUGCGGUCUUUCCCACCCCAUCUACCUGGUAGAAGACGCAAAUUCUGCACAGCACCUCAGCCUUCCCGAAAAGACUCUGCAACAAGCCAUUAUCAAUACUCAGGUGAUUGAUGGCUUCUUUGUCAAGCGUACCCGUGACAUUCGGGAAUCUGCUGCUUAUCUGACCAUCAUGACCCGUCAUUUGACCAGACAGUACAAGGACAAAAUGCUUUUGAGUUGUACCAAGCAGGAACUGGAGGAUGAGCGCCCCCUGCAGCCCAGGGCGGGUACCUGCAGGCUUCUGACAUUUGCUGAAUUUAACGAAGGGGCUGUAAAAAAUAAGGCACAGACUGUGUACGAAGUCUUCGCAAGGCAACUGAUGCAGGUCAGCGGCCUCAGUGGAGAAAAGGCGGCUGCCAUUUUGGAAAAAUACAAGACGCCCGCCAGCCUGAUGGAGGCUUACGCUGCGUGUCCGGAUGGAGAAAGUCAGGAGUAUCUUCUGAGUACCAUCAAAUGUGGCCAACUCCAGAGAAACCUGGGUCCUUCUCUUAGCAAGACGCUGGCUCAAUUGUACUGCACGCCUGGACCGCUGCCUUGAAGAUCGAGAGGUUGUGAGAAGUGUGCAGUGGCUGUGUGUGUGUGUGUGAGAGAGAAAAGAAUGACAUUUACUGUGCUGUCAAUGAAGAGAGAGAUGCCCACAAUUGGACACUGUUUGUAAAACAGCAGGAGAGGAGCGUGCAUCGAAUCAUGUAGGCAAGAUUUCUUUCCCAA